CCCUUUCCCAUUUACACCCGCCACCUAGCUUAAACCCAUCCUCUGUCUCGCGCCGCCGCCGCCGCCGCAGCAAAACCCUAGCCUCCGCCGCCGUCGUUCCCUCCCGCCGCCUCGCGAUGGCUUCGUCGCAGGGCCUCAAGAAGAACUACCGCUGCGACCGCUCGCUGCAGCAGUUCUACACGGGCGGGCCGUUCGCCGUCGGGAGCUCUCCCGGAGGCGGCGAAGGCGAAGUCGAAGGAGGCGAGGCCGAGGCCGAGGCGUUCCUCGCGUGCGCCUGCGGCGGGGAGGUGCGCCUGGUGUCCGCCGCCGACGCGUCCGCCAUCGGGGAGCCGAUCGAGGGCGAAAACGAGGCCGUCACGGCGCUCGCGCUGUCCCCCGACUCCCGCCUCCUCUUCACCGCGGGGCACAGUAGGCUUAUUCGAGUCUGGGACCUCGCGUCCCGCACUUGCACACGCAGCUGGAAGGGGCACGAUGGUCCUAUUAGGGCCAUGGCCUGCCAUGCUUCUGGUGGGUUGCUUGCAACUGCUGGAGCAGACAAAAAGGUGUGCGUUUGGGAUGUUGAUGGUGGGUUUUGCACACAUUUCUUUAGAGGCCACGCAGGUGUUGUGACGACUGUUAUGUUCCACAAAGAUCCGAAGCGCCUUCUGCUAUUUUCUGGAAGUGAAGAUGCCACUGUGAGAGUUUGGAACCUUGAAAGCAAAAAGUGUGUCGCUGUGCUGAAAGAGCAUUUUUCAGCUGUGACAUCAUUAGCCUUAUCUGAAGAUGGACAAACAUUGCUUAGUGCUGGGCGGGAUAAGAUUGUGAAUGUGUGGGAUGUUCGUAAGUACAACUCAAAGAAGACAAUACCAGCAUUUGAAAUGAUAGAAGAUGUUUCCUUCAUUGGACCAGGAAGUAAUUUAUUGUCUUGUUUGGGUGAACCGGCAAAUAUAAAACGCAAAACAGAUGGUUAUUUUCUUACGGUUGGUGAACGUGGAGUAGUUCGCAUCUGGUGCUUGGAAAGUGCUCAGUGUAUAUAUGAGCAGCAAUCAUCCGAUGUAACCGUUAACACAGAGAAUGAGGAGUCUAGAAGGGGUUUUACUUCUGCUGUUAUGUUGUCAGAUGAUCAAGGACUGCUAUGUGCCACUGCCGAUCAGCAGUUUUUGUUCUACUGUCCCACGAGAACUGACGGAGGGGACUUCCAGCUGAACUUAUAUAAACGCCUAGUAGGUUAUAAUGAUGAGAUUCUUGAUUUGAAGUUUGUUGGGGAGGAUGAACAAUAUCUUGCUGUAGCUACUAACUUGGAGCAGGUCCGUGUUUAUGACGUUGCAUCGAUGUCAUGUUCUUAUGUGCUGUCUGGCCACACUGAAAUUGUUGUUUGCAUCGACACUUGUAUUUCUUCUUCUGGGAAGACACUUGUUGUGACUGGGAGCAAAGAUAGCACUGUGAGACUCUGGGAUAUGGAAAGGAGAAGCUGCAUUGGUAUUGGUAAAGGUCAUCUGGGAGCUAUUGGUUCCGUUGCAUUCUCAAAGAAAUCUAAGAAUUUUUUUGUUAGUGGAAGCAGUGAUCGGACCAUCAAGAUAUGGAGCUGGGAUGAUACACUUGAUGAUGUUGGCAGUGAAGUUCCUCUCAAAGCAAAAGCUGUUGUAGCUGCACAUGACAAAGAUAUUAAUUCUCUUUCUGUCUCGCCUAAUGACGGUCUUGUUUGCAGUGGUUCUGAGGACCGUACUGCAUGCAUAUGGAAACUUCCAAACUUAGUGCCCUCUGUUGUCCUUAAAGGGCAUAAAAGGGGCAUUUGGUCAGUCGAGUUUUCUCCUGUGGAGCAGUGUGUCAUUACAUCAUCUGGUGACAGAACAGUCAAAAUAUGGGCUGUUGCUGAUGGUUCAUGCUUGAAGACAUUUGAGGGCCAUACAUCUAGUGUUUUACGAGCCUCAUUCCUUUCACACGGGACCCAAUUUGUUUCUUGUGGAAGCGAUGGCCUUGUUAAGCUAUGGACCAUCAAAACAAAUGAAUGCAUUGCUACUUUCGAUAAGCAUGAUGGGAAGGUUUGGGCACUGGCUGUUGGCAAGAAAACUGAAAUGCUUGCUACUGGCGGAACUGAUGCUGUUCUUAACCUUUGGCAUGACUGUACCAUGGAAGAUAAACAGGAAGAUUUUCGUAAAAAGGAGGAGGAACUGUUGAGAGGUCAGGAAUUAGAAAAUGCAGUAUCAGAUUAUGACUAUGCAAAAGCAAUACAACUUGCAUUUGAGCUUAGAAGACCCCACAGGCUUCUUGAGUUAUUCACACAGCUUUGCAGGGAGUCUGAUCUGGAGGACCCAAUAGAAAAAGCCCUUAUUGGUCUUCCAAAGGAAGGGCUUCGCGUACUUCUUGAGUAUAUCCGGGAAUGGAACACAAAACCUAAGCUUUGUCAUGUUGCACAGUUUGUGCUUUUUCGGGUAUUGAGGAGCUUGCCUCCCACUGAUAUCCUGGAGAUAAAGGGCAUCAGUGAGCUCCUUGAGGGACUUAUUCCAUAUUCACAGAGGCAUUUCAGCAGAGUUGAUAGACUAGUACGAAGCACAUUUUUAUUGGAUUACACCUUGACCCGGAUGUCUGUUGUAGAUCCGGACAUAGAUGAGGGCACAACCAGAGAUGACGCAAAUGGCUCAUCAGUAGAGAAUUGUGAAAUUGCACAGGCGAAGCCUGAUGCAUUGGUAGCAGAAGAGAACUUGCAAAAGUCGGUAAAGAAAAGAAAAUCAAGCAAAUCAAGCAAAAAAGGCGGUAAGAAGGUGAAGAUUGCGUCCACGGGGGGCAGUAAGGAUGUUCCUAUUGAGGCUUAAAUAGUUGACAAACCGCAGUUAUAUGUUAUUCGCACCACCAAUUUUGUAGCUGCUGUUUUAUCUGUGGCACGGAAGCGGUACCCAGCAGCAAAUAAAGUUGCUUGCUCCACUUGUAAUUGUUGGAUCUGCGAUCUGGAUGUCGGCUCUCUUCAUAAUUCCCGUCCUUGUCAUCUGGCAGAAAUUUUUUAUGGUUCGGUGGAAUGUUGCAGCUUU